AUGCUCCGAAAACAGCUCCUGCGCCAAGCGCGCAACAUUUCAGAAUCCUUAACCUCGACAUCACUGCCCCAAGUAGCACUGAUACAACGGUCUGCAUCGUUUUCUACUGCAUCAUUCACCCCUACAACCCGAGUAGCACUGCCCACCUAUCAGACAUCACGGAUACUAGGGAGACGAUGGCAGUCAUCGGAUUCCGAACAGAAAGCCGCUGACGCCACCGCGACAACGCCCACCGCAGAUGCUGCAUCCUCCUCAGAAGCGACUGCCAAAACAGCAGCCGAGGAGCACCUGGCCAAGGUGGAGAAAGAGCAUAGUGAUAUGGCAAAGGAAGUAGUAGAUCUCAAGGAUAAAUACCUCCGUUCCGUCGCUGACUACCGCAACCUCCAAGACCGCACGAAACGAGACAUGGACUCGGCCAAGCAAUUCGCGAUCCAACGCUUCGCCAGCGACCUCCUGGACUCGAUAGACAACCUCGACCGCGCCCUGACCUCCGUCCCCAAAGAAUCCAUCGCGGAUUCAUCCUCGUCCGCCGACGCCGCCGACGCCAAAAAGGACCUCCUAAGUCUCUACUCCGGGCUGAAAAUGACCGAAGAGAUCCUCCUGGGGACAUUGAAGAAGCACGGGCUUGAGAAAUUCGACCCGACGGAAGGCGAGGGCCGCAAGUUUGACCCCAACACCGACGAGGCCACGUUCUUCAGCAAGGAUCCGAGCAAGGAGAACGGCGACAUCUUCUUUGUACAGAGUAAGGGAUUUAAGUUGCAUGGACGGGUCAUUCGCGCGGCGAAGGUCGGCGUCGUCAAGAACUCAUAA